UUAUCCACAAAUAUAUAUAUGACGCAUAGUUGUUCUUUAUCGCAGUGGCAUUAACGCAGAUGAAAGAUUAGUUAAACUUACCGUAACUAAAAGGACGGAGCAUUGCAUACAAGGUGCGACUACGAUUUACAAACACAUGUGACCCUUUGGUCCGAAAUUUUGCAGCGUUUCGAAUAUUUUGACCUGGUAUCUGACCUCGAAGAUGAAUCAAACAGGAAUAUAUCAUCAAGCUGCCGUCGCUUCCGGUCAAAUUGAAUGCUCAGAAGUCGGUCGCGACAUUUUGAAAGCAGGUGGAAACGCAGUUGAUGCAGCAAUAGCGGUUAUUUUGUGCCAAGGUGUCGUUGAACCGUUUUAUUCUGGAAUAGGUGGAGGAUGUAUAAUGACCAUCUACAAUUCGUCAACAAAAUCAACCACGUCCAUCAUAGCUAGAGAAAAAGCACCCUUGGGUGCUACUCGUGAAAUGUUUCUGGGAAUGGGAGAUUAUAACAGAGGUGCAAAAUUUAUUGCGGUGCCUGGUGAACUCAAGGGUUUAGAUUACGCAUUUAAGAAAUACGGGGGAAAUCUAUCGUGGAGAGAAUUAUUUCAACCUGCAAUUGAUAAAGCUAGAAAUGGGUUCAAAGUUAGUGGGCAAAUGGCUAUAAUGUUGAGGGAUGUUUACGACAACGUUAUAAAAAAGGAUCCGAAUUCAACAUUUUGUGAUGUUUAUUGCAACGAGGAUAAAACGGGAGUUAAACAAGAAGGAGAUAUAGUGAAAAACCCUCUACUUGCUGAUACACUAGAAAAGAUUCAAAAACAAGGCGUGGAUGUUUUUUACAAUGGCGAAAUUGCUGAUAAUAUCAUUCAUGAAAUUCAAUGUCGAGGUGGAAUUAUGACGAAGCAAGAUUUAAUAGAUUAUUCAGUGCUUGAAACACCUACAAUCACGAUGGAUCUUGCUAACGCUGGUUAUACAAUGCAUGUGCCUCCGCUGCCCUCAGCCGGACCAGUAUUGGGUUCAAUCCUUUCUGUUAUGGAUUCAUUUGACAUUACACCAGACGAUUAUAAAGGAAAUCCCGCAUUGCAGUGCCAUCGUACUGUCGAGGCCUUUCGACAUGCAUAUGGUACCCGAUACAGCAUGGGUGAUCCCGAUUAUGAUCAAACUGUACUGAAUAUACAAAAUGAAAUCGUGUCAGGAAAUUUUUCACGUUCUGUUCGGAAUAAAAUUGUUGACGACAAAACAUUUCAUGAUCCGGCAUAUUAUGGCGCAAUCGUUUUGGACUCCGGAAUGUCAUCCACCGUACAUAUAUCUGUGAUUGACCCAAACAAAAACGGAGUAGCUUUGACAUCAACGAUCGGUUAUAUAUGGGGAUGUCAAGUAAUGUCGCCUUCUACAGGAAUCGUAUUUAAUAACGAAAUGACAGAUUUUUCAUACCCAAACGGCGACAUUAAGCAUGAUUAUCACUUGUCCACGUCAAACCAAAUAGAUGGAGGUAAACGUCCAUUAUCUUGUAUGGCGCCUUCUAUAUUUUUGGAUAGCAAUGAUGAUCCUGCUUUUAUUAUUGGAAGUUCGGGAGGUUUGCGAAUUCCAGCAGCAAUGGCAACGGUUAUGCUUAAAUCCUUGUAUUUCGGUAUAAAUGAUCUUGGCGAUGCAAUCAAAGACAAACGAUUUUAUGAUUCUUUGAUACCGGAUGCUCUUCAUUAUGAACCUGGUUUUAAUAGCGGAAUUAUUCAAAACUUGAAAAAGAUGGGACACAAAGUUGAGGAAACACUUAAACUUAGUCGUGUGAAUGCAAUUAAAGUCGACUCCUCUACUAUCUACGCAUUUUCUGACUUGCGUGACAGAGGGGCUGGAUCUAGCGGUUGGUAGACGAAUUGUCAACAUGAUUUUCAAAUAGAUUUACAACGAUUUUACAAUAACAGUACUUACAGAAUAUUCUUGAAUAUCGACUUGUUUUAUGUGGCAUACGUAGUAAUACGUCGGCUUCUUCCUAUAACAUCUUUCUGAACCUUAUGUUCAAUAGCUUGGAACUGGAACCUUUUUAUCAAUACUUAUGCAAAUUUGACAUGUGAAGCAUUUCACAUAAUUUAUAUCAUACUCAUAGAGUCAUCGUCUCAUAGAACAACUCAAAAACACGGCCGCAAAACUUCAGAACAAGCUUUUCCAAAAAUGAAACUUUUAGUCGUGACUUUCUGAUAAAACAAAAUAUAUACUAUCUUUCAUAUAUAAAUCGCUUAACGAUUUCCAGUUUUUCCGUUGGUAAUAAAUAUUUCUAAAGUCUAAAACAAUUAAAAAUUAAAGGAAAUUGAGGGCAGUAAUCUAUCAAUUAACAAAUAUUUUGCUUCUGGCCUAACGAGCAAUGGUAACGUUUAAACGUAAACAUUCUGCAACAAAAGUAAAUCACCACUAAUCACAGGUCAAUAAAUCAAUGUAAUCAGCAAGAUGAAGUAAUAGUUCGACCAGGGUAAACAUGAUGUAAUUAUUCCGAAAUGACAAUAGAAAUAAGCUUAACGCCAUGUUUGAACUUUUUUUGUUUAAUGCAGUUCAGAUGCUUUUCCCAAUGAUUUAACAUUUUUAUAGGACAGUGACAUUCGUUGAAUAUGGUCGGUUUCACCGCUUAUUAUAUGAGAUGAUACUUUUUAUUAACAGCAAUAAAUUUGAUGAAUAAAAAAAAAAGUUAUGCAAUUUGAAAUUCCAAUAUAAAUUCUUCAAUUCAAAGUGUAUUUGUAAUUUUCUACAUUUCAUUUUCUUAUUUAACUUCUCAUAUCCAUUUUGAUCGAUUAUAACAGCUGCUCUUCUCCGUAUUUCAUUGAUUCAAAUAAGAUCGUCUAACAAACUACAACACCCCGAGCUUAUUUGUGAUUCAUGGCUUUACCCAGUUUAAAUAUGGAGAAUGAACAUAAAACAUUCUGCGAACAGGGUUGCAGCUGGCUUGACUAUGAUAAAAAUGGUAUUUCAUCGUUCAAACCUAAAACAGUGUAUUUCUAAUUUUAUUCACAUGC